AUGAGGCCGGAGUUUUCAACUUGGAGUCAAGUGCCUUUCAUUUUGUUGUGUUUUCAUAUGACUGUUUUUCUUGCAGCCACAUUUAUCAGAGAAUUGCUCAUCUCAUCACACGAAGAAAGUGUUCAUAUUGUAAACGAAGCCUUCCGUUACUCUCGACAACGACGGAGUGCGUCCUCAUCCCCGUCCUCAUCCUCGUCCUCAUCCUCGUCCUCGUCCUCGUCCUCCUCGCAUAUGUUUACAUUCACUCGGCAAACGGAGCCUGAGACCCUGGGGAUUUCCCGAGCUGCAGAGGUGUUUCAAACAACUGUCCAAGUCCUCAGGAAAAGAGCACAGCAGAGAUAUAAAAGGAAUGUCACAGCAUCAGGGCUGUUGUCAUGGGAAGAUGUGGCACUGAUUGCAGAGCUGUCUCAGUGUCCUGCAGCAGCAUCUCCAGAUGUUUGUCACACCAACUCAAAGUACCGUUCCAUAUCUGGCAUCUGCAAUAACAGGCAAAAUCCUCUCUGGGGAGCAGCCAACACUCCCUUGGUCAGAUGGCUUCCAGCUGAAUAUGAAGACGAGGAGAGAGAACCCAGGGGCUGGAACCGAGGACGGCUCCAUAAUGGAUUCCAACUUCCUUCGCCUUGGGAAGUAAGCAAGAAAAUAUUGAGGAGAUCCUUUAAAAGUAAAGAUGACAUCUAUUCUCUCCUGCUGGUGGAGUGGGGGCAGUACAUCGACCACGACGUCACCUUCACACCACAAAGCACCAGCACUGCGGCGUUAUGGAGCGGUGUGGACUGUCUGAGCACCUGUGAAAAUGUGCAUCCAUGUUUUCCCAUUGAGACACAGCAUCACUGUUUGCCUUUUCACCGCUCCACACCUGCCUGCUUUAUCCAUCUGGGCUCAGAUAUUGAACAAGUUCUGCAGCGACAACAAAUGAAUGCCAUCACAUCAUUCAUGGAUGCUUCACUCGUGUAUGGCCACAGCUCCCAGCUGACGAGCUUCCUGCGUGACCUCCCCGGCCUUAACGGCAAACUCGCUGUCAACGAGCAAUUCAAGGAUCCAAAAGGAAGAGCCUACCUCCCUUUUGUCGCCAGUCUGCCAUCAACGUGCCGCCAGGGUCUUCAGCAGGAGAGAGUCGAGUGUUUCAGUGCAGGAGACAGUCGGGUCAACGAGGGGAUGCCCCUGACGUCCUUGCACACAUUGUGGCUCAGGGAACACAAUCGAAUUGCAGAGGCACUGAAAAGCAUUAACGGUCAUUGGAGUCCAGAGAUUAUAUUCCAGGAAACCCGCAAGAUUAUUGGAGCUCUGCACCAGAUCAUAACCAUGAGAGAUUACGUUCCAAAGAUCAUAGGCCCCGAGUCUUUUGAACAUUACAUUGGACCCUAUCAUGGAUACGAUCCAACAACGGACCCCUCAGCCUCCAAUGUGUUUGCCACUGCAGCAUUCAGGUUCGGCCAUGCUACGAUCCCUCCAAUACUCAGGAGACUGAACGAAAGCUUCCAGCCCCAUGAGCGCUUCCCCCACCUGAGACUACACGACACUUUCUUUAGCCCAUGGAGAAUAGUCAAAGAAGGUGGAGUUGAACCCGUCCUGAGAGGUAUCAUUGGAACUGCAGCACCAGUUGUUAGCACAAACAUGCUGAUGGCAGAGGAGCUCACAGAGAGGCUGAUUGUCCCCAAUGUAUCACAGCACAUGGACCUGGCUUCACUGAACCUACAAAGAGGACGAGAUCAUGGUCUUCCGGGGUACAAUGAUUGGAGAGUGUUUUGUGGGCUGAAGCGUGUGAAGACACUGGACCAUCUCAAAGAGGUUGUGGGAGACGACAUGGUUGCUGAGAUGAUACAAACCGUGUAUAAACACUUGGACAAUAUGGAUGUUUGGCUGGGAGGACUUGUUGAAAGGUUGCUGCCAGGCUCAAGGACGGGUGCCCUCUUUUCUUGCCUGAUUGGAAAGCAGAUGAAAGCACUUCGUGAUGGUGAUAGCUUUUGGUGGGAGGCUGACGGUGUUUUUACCCAGCAACAGAAGGUCGAGCUUUCAAAAGUGUCUCUGUCUCGGAUCAUCUGUGACAACACUGACAUACGGGAGGUGCCCUACGAUUCUUUCAGAUUUGGGAAAUACCCGACCAAUUACGUCCCCUGCAAUCACAUACCAUCAAUGAAUGUGAACGCUUGGAGACAUGAGAGGAGCAGAGACUCCGAGCAGUGUGGCUCUCCACCAAAGAUAAAGAAUGGGGAUUUCACAUUGUCCUCUUCAUCUGGGAAACUGGCUGCGCUGUACUCCUGUUACCAUGGUUUCCAAUUAAAAGGUGCCGCUGCGUUAGUUUGUGAGGGGAAUCGAUGGAGUGACAAACCCCCACAAUGUAAAGGGAAUCCUCAUUAGGUUGUUGCUGUGGGUCCAGAAAUGCUUCGGAAAUGCAGGAAAUGUCGCUGUAUUUAUUUUUAUUCUAUGAUUUUGUUGAUUAAAAUUGUGUCUUUGGAAACAGGGACGAAGCUACAUUUGCAGGAAUGACCAAAUAUACUGUAAUAAGUGGAAAUAUCCUGUCAAUGUAAAAUAUGCUUAAUUUUGAAUCUAUCUACAGUAAGGUGAUUUUCCUUCAUUUAAAAAAAA